UCCUCCCCCGCCCGGCGGCUGCAGUAGCAGCGGGAGGAGGCGGGCGAGGGGAGGCGGAGGCGGAGGCGGGCGCGGGCCAUGGCAGCAGCAGCGGCAGCAGCCCGCAGGAGCGGCGGCGGCGGCGGCGGGAGGCGGCGGUGAUCGCGCGGCUCCGCAGGGCGCGGGCGCGGGGCAGGAUGCCGGGCAAGCCGGCGCGGGGCAGCGCGGAGCCGGCGGGGGACGAGGCGCGGCGGCACAAGAAGAAGCGGAGGAAGGAGGCGGGCGCCGCGUCCUGCUUCUCCAGCAUCAAGAUCUUCCUGGUGUCCGAGUGCGCCCUCAUGCUGGCCCAGGGCACGGUGGGCGCCUACCUGGUGAGUGUUUUGACCACCUUGGAGCGACGAUUCAACCUUCAAAGUGCCGAUGUAGGCGUGAUCGCCAGCAGCUUUGAGAUUGGGAACUUGGCCCUCAUUCUCUUUGUGAGCUACUUUGGAGCCCGGGGACACAGGCCACGGUUGAUAGGGUGCGGAGGGAUCGUCAUGGCCCUGGGUGCCCUCCUGUCUGCACUGCCUGAGUUUCUGACCCACCAGUAUGAAUAUGAAUCUGGGGAAAUACGGUGGGGGGCCGAAGGGAGGGAUGUGUGUGCUGCCAAUGGGUCCACCAGCAACGAGGGACCAGACCCGGAUCUUAUCUGCAGGAAUAGGACUGCCACCAACAUGAUGUACUUGCUUCUCAUUGGAGCACAGGUCCUCCUAGGCAUUGGUGCUACUCCUGUACAGCCUCUAGGAGUUUCCUACAUCGAUGACCAUGUGAGACGGAAAGAUUCCUCCCUAUACAUAGGGAUCUUGUUUACGAUGCUGGUAUUCGGACCAGCCUGUGGAUUUAUCUUGGGCUCCUUCUGUACCAAAAUCUACGUGGAUGCUGUCUUCAUCGACACAAGUAAGCUGGACAUCACUCCCGACGACCCUCGGUGGAUCGGCGCAUGGUGGGGAGGCUUCCUGCUCUGUGGUGCCUUACUUUUCUUCUCAUCCCUCUUCAUGUUUGGAUUCCCGCAGUCCCUGUCCCCCCGGCCAGAGCAUACGGUAGAAAGCGAGCAAGCCAUGCUUCCCGAACAAGAAUACGAGAGGCCUAAGCCAAGCAAUGGAGUCCUGCGGCACCCGCUGGAGCCGGAUGACAGCACAACUUGCUUCCAGCAGCUGAGAGUGAUCCCCAAGGUAACAAAGCACUUACUUUCCAACCCUGUCUUCACCUGCAUCGUCCUGGCUGCCUGCAUGGAGAUUGCUGUUGUCGCUGGUUUUGCUGCCUUCCUGGGGAAAUACCUAGAGCAGCAGUUCAACCUCACCACUUCAUCAGCUAAUCAGCUCUUAGGCAUGACGGCAAUCCCAUGUGCAUGUCUGGGCAUAUUCUUGGGCGGUCUCCUGGUGAAGAAGCUCAGCCUGUCUGCACUCGGAGCCAUCAGGAUGGCCAUGCUAGUUAACCUGGUGUCCACAGCUUGUUACGUCUCGUUCCUCUUCCUGGGCUGUGACACAGGUCCUGUUGCUGGGGUUACUGUUCCCUAUGGAAACAACGCAACUCCGACCUCACCUUUGGACCCAUAUUCCCCCUGCAAUAACAACUGUGAAUGCCAAACCGAUUCCUUCACUCCAGUCUGUGGGGCAGACGGGAUCACGUACUUAUCCGCCUGCUUUGCUGGCUGCAACAGCACGAAUCUCACUGGCUGCGCAUGCCUCAGCUUGGUCCCAGCCGAGAACGCUACAGUCGUGCCCGGAAAAUGCCCGAGCCCUGGUUGCCAAGAAGCCUUCCUGACAUUCCUCUGCGUGAUGUGUGUUUGCAGCAUGAUUGGAGCCAUGGCACAGACACCGUCGGUUAUCAUACUGAUCAGAACCGUGAGCCCUGAACUGAAAUCCUAUGCUUUGGGGGUGCUCUUCCUGCUUCUCCGUCUGCUAGGUUUUAUCCCACCUCCUUUGAUCUUUGGGGCUGGAAUUGACUCAACAUGUCUGUUCUGGAGCACGUUUUGUGGCGAGCAAGGAGCUUGUGCACUGUAUGACAACGUUGUCUAUAGAUACCUGUAUGUUAGCAUUGCGAUAGCGCUGAAAUCUUUCGCGUUCAUCUUAUAUACAACCACCUGGCAGUGCUUGAGGAAAAACUAUAAGCGAUACAUCAAGAACCACGAAGGUGGGCUUAGCACUAGUGAGUUCUUUGCCUCUACUCUCACCCUAGACAAUCUGGGGCGGGACUCUGUGCCCCCAAACCAGUCACAUAGGACAAAAUUUAUCUAUAAUCUUGAAGAUCACGAAUGGUGUGAAAAUAUGGAGUCUGUUUUAUAGUGACUAAGGAUGGAUGAACUCUAUAUUAAUAAUAUAAGGGUCCUUUUUAUUAAAAAAAAGAGAGGAAAAAUUAAAAUAAAAAUAAAAAAAAACCCACAGGAAACUUUUUGUCCUUUUCUCAAAAUCAGACCUAGGUGAGAUUCAGAAUAUCGAAAUCUUUGAAUGGGAUCAUCUUUGAAAUCCUGCAGGAGUGAUGGAGAACACAUAAACCCAUGAUGGCUGGGUACCAGCCCCUUCAAUGAUGGUAUGAUCUUCCAGGAUGGAAACAGCUGCAAGGGCAUCAGUAGCUGCAAAUCCACUGUUUCAUUGGAGAGCUUGGUGGAUGGACCUUCUUGGGCACACGACUAGAAGAAGCAAGCGAACAAUGGCAAUUCCAAGAUAAGCAUUUGUGACACUGCAUGCUGUUCAGGAUAUAUGCAGCCCUGUCACCUUUGCAAUAUGGGCUAAAGGCUUAGCCAGUCUGGGUGCUGUUCAAACCUAGUGCACUCUCUCAGCAAUGUCAAAGAGGGAACAGUGCUGGAGUUAAUCAACUAUUUACACUCUGUCACCAGCCAUGAUUCCAUAUUAGAUACCUUGAAUGCUGCUGGAAACACUCCCGCCAGCUUACACCUGGUGGGCAAAGGUCUCAGUGCCCUUCCAGCAGUGGCCAACUCAUGGGUCUCAGAUUUUGGUCCUUUGUGAAUGGCUGGGCUCAGAUCUAUGAAACCCAGUGUAAAGGUCAAGUCAUUUGCUUACACUUGCCAAAAGCUCUGUCAUUUUUAGAAGGGGAUGCAUUCCAGAUAUUUUGUCUGUGUAAUCCUCUGAUGAGAGUUUUUUUAAACUAUUUUCAAAUCUAUGUUAACCCUUAAAUCACUGACGGUUUUCUAUAAGGGGAAUUUAUACCGAUUGCAUUAUUUUCCUGUUUCUUUUUCAGUACACCAAAAAUAUAAAUUUAUUCAAGGUUUUCAGUUAUCCCACUGCAUUUCUUUCAUGCCUUCAUUCUGGUGCACUGUAAUACCAUUGAGGACAUACAGUGUAUUAUAAAUGAGAAAGAGAGGGAAUGCACUGUGUCUGUAUAAAAAUAACUACUAGUUGGAGACUUCUAGGACAACACGAAGAUUUACAUAAUAAUUUUUUCAUAAUACAUGUGACUCAGUGAAUAUACAUAUGGAGAGACCCUUUGUUUAUGCUCUCUCCAGUUUUUAAAGGUCUGUAUAUAUGAUUUGCAAUUUAGAACUUGAAGGGGUGGGAGCGUUCUUUAAUGUUAAAGAGAGCGAGUGUGUACAUGUGUGCGUAUGAGUGGGGAGGAGGUGGGAGAGAACGUCUCCCUCCCAAUCUGCAACUCUUAUUUACAAUUUUUAUUUGCAUGAGAGGUCCCUUUGAUUUCAAUGGAGCAGCUUGUGUGAGUAAAGGUUGCAGAAUCUGGCCUCCUCUGGGCCAGAUUUUGCCCUUAGAUUUGCAUACAGGGUUCCUGUGAAAGGGUGAUAUUUUAAAAUAUGAUCAGAUGUGGCCACCAUUGAGUACUCUUUAAAAUCACACCUAGAUGUUUUGGGAGUUGCUAGCACAGACCUGGCAGGAGAAUUGGCUUAUAUGUGUGUGUAUAUAUAUAUAUAUAUAUAUAUAUAUAUAUAUAUAUGUGUGUGUGUGUGUGUGUGUGUGUGUGUGUGUGUGUGUGUGUACACACACACACACACACACACACAUAUAUACAUACAUACAUAUAUACACACACACACACACACAUAUAUAUAUGUGUGUGUGUGUGUGUGUGUGUAUACACACACACACACAAUCUAUAUGUAUUUUAAUUAGGCUUUUGUGCAAUGCCCACUGACCUCAAAGGCAAUCUUUCCACUGACUGCAGUGGGCAUUGAAUCAAGCUGUUUAUGGCAUGGUCUCUUUUUGUUUGGGACAUUCCUACUGUUAAGCAAUACAAUGUGGCUCCAUUUAAUGCAUUUUCCCCAACUACGACCUGAAAUGAGCCACCUUUCCAAUGUCAGAAGCAUUUUAAGGGUUAGCAUUGUUCAUGAAACCAGUUUUGCUUUGAUUUUGGUUUUUUUGUCUGUCUUUUUGAGGCUGUUGUAAGCCUGAAAACAAAGAAGUUACCUGGCACGUCCAACUCAACACUGGCUAUAGCUUUCCUGCAGUUCAAAGAGUGGCUGAUUUUCCCUGAGUCUUGUCCAUUGCUGGCAAUGGACACAUCGAACACUGCACAAUGAAACAGUAAGGUUAAACUGCCAGUUGUGCUCAGUACCUUUUCAGCAGACCUUGCUCAAAUCUAGGCAGUUAAGAGCUGGGAGUAAAAGACUUCUUCCAGUUGACUAACUUUACAUGUGCGUUUGUAAUUUAUGCACAGCAUUAAAUGAUGUUCAGCAACAAUAAGGGCAAAGACAAAAAAAGAAAAACACCCAGUCUAUCAAAUAAACUCCACUGUGCCAAAUACUUGACAAAUAUUGUAACUGUAGAUGCUUGAUCCUUGGCUUGGAGCCAUGUACAGAAUCACUUGAUAAAGGGAGGAGUUAACAAAAUGGAGCAUUAUACAGCUAUGCAGUGCCAUUGUUAUCUGUUGGGUGGUAAAUGAUGCUUUUUAAACCACAAUAUUUAGAUCAGUUUAGUAUAUCUUGUCUGGUAAAAUAGAAAUACUGCAUCCAUAAGACAAUGAAUUAAACAAAGGGGCCGGCUGCAUAACUGUCUCAUAAAAUAUGUAUAAUUGUCAAGUAUAAGCCUUUGAAAUAAUUCUGUACAGUUUUCCUCUUUUUGAAAAUUCAUUGCUUAUAGAUUGCUGUCUUUUCAAAUGUUAGCUCAUAAUUUUAUACUCUAUACACACGCACAGACACAAAUGUCACGGAGAAUAAUGUUUCUCGAAGCCUAAUUGCUUGAAAUUCUAUAAACCCUUUUUCAGUUUGCGUUUUUUUUGUUUUCCUCUGAAAGUGUGGGGGGAAUGAAAAUAAUAUCCUCGCAUGACACGCAACAAACUGAAAAGAGUUGUAGAGCUGUGGUUUGUCAGUAAUCUGAUGUAAAAUCAAAACGCUCCCUCUUCCCGGAGUUACAGAAAACAGCAUUCCAAAGCAUGAAGUGGCACUUCAUCUGCUUUUAUUUUAUUUUGAUGUCAUUUUAAUUUAUUCUGGUUUUUUGCAUUUACGCAGCCUGCCUGGGUGGAUUUUAUUAUUUUGAGGCUGCUUCUAAAAAUCUGGCAUGUUUGGUUUUUUCUGUUUCUUUUUUUUUUUUUUUUUUUUUGACAAGGCUGUGGUUUGAAAAGCAGGAGCAUUAGGAAGCCUCUGUUCCCAACGUUGUCAAGGUUGUCAGUGCACUUGGGGGAAAGCAUAGGAAAAGAGGGGAGGUGUUUAAAGCAAAACUUGCAAGCUAGAAACUCAGAGCAGUGUCAUUGCAGAUCUCAGAGUCCCCGACCCUGUUUGCUUGUUACUUAACUGCAAUUCUCGAGUAGCAGUCCCGAAACAUUUUCUUUCAGAACCUCACUUGCAGGACUAGCAUUUCAUUAAACCCCAUAAACCAGUAAGUUUGUGUGCUCACAGGUAACAGAGGUUUGGGAUUUAACCACAACCCCAGCUGCUCCUUGUGAACGUCCCCAUUCCCACUCUUAACCCACAAUGUGCACAUCUACAAGUGCAAUUAAUUCAAAGCAACUCACUCCAGCAUGUAUCAUGCUGGAAUUUAUUGCUCCCAGGUGCUGUGUUUGAAUGUGAGCCUGGGACUGCAACACAUUGAGCCAGGUCACCCUGGCUGGCAAGGGGUCCGGGGAGUCAAGCUGCUCCGACCCGGCUCAACGUGCUGCAGAGGGGCUGGCUGGGGCAUGAGGGUGCUCCAGUGCAGGGCUAGCCCCCAGGCAGCCCCCGUGCUGAAACACCCUCAUGCCCGAGCCAGCUCUGUCAGCAUCUCCAGGUGUGUUGCUGCACAUUAAAUAACACCACUGCAGGACAGUACUUGUAUUUACAAGUACUAUCCUACAGCGGUGUUCAUUAGUUUACUACGCUUUAAUAGGGCCACACGUGUAGAUGCAGAGACUUUACCGCAGAGCUAAUUAGUCAGCUCGUGUAGAUGCACCCAGAAAGAGAGAGCUAAACUGAGGUAGUUUACCCCUGAUUGAAACAGGGCCAAGCUGCCAUAGUUUUGCUUUCACUUACUGGGGAGAAAUUGUGAGCAUAUAGGGACAGUUACCGCAGAGCAGCUGAGAUGCACUAACUCCUUAAGCCUAGUUGCAGGCUUAGAGGAAUUAGGACGUCUAUGGAGCACACAUCCCCAUUCAUAGGGGCCAGGAUCCCACCUGGGGUUAUGACCCCUUGUUUGCAGACCGCUGUUGUAAAGCAGAGGGGAUCCUCUCAACGCCCCUUCUCUCCAGUGGAUUGCUGCCUUGCUUUUAUAGACAUUUCACUUCUAAUUCCAAGAAUGGCUUAACCUUACUAGGGAAGAAAGGACAAGGAUGGAUGGGGAAAGAUAUCCCAUGUGGCAGGAGAAAAGCAGAGGCAAGCCCCAAGCCAGGUCAGACUUCCUCCCAAUUCAGGGCUUUCACUGAAACUUAUCUCAGCAAAAAUGUGAUUCAGGAUCUUCCCCAACUGCUGGGUGGUGACAGUUUUUGAGCAGCACAGUGACAGUCUUCCAAGCGGGGUGCUCACCUCCUGGGGUGGUUUGCAGCGGUCCAGAGGACUUCUGAGAAAUGCUUUGUCCAGUUUAGGACCUGAUUCCUGAUUUUGUCCCACUCAGGCUGUAACUCAGAGGCAGCCCCAGUGAAAUCAAGGGGACCUCCAAUACCAAGUGAGUGCAAGUGAGAGCAGAGUCCAGUCCUUUAGUAGUUUGCCCUUUGGUCUCUUUGAACCAGAGAUGUCAUACUCACCCCAGGCUCCAGGCUGGAUCUGAUCCAUGGGGUCCGUAGCGGGCAAGAUCUGCAAGCCCAAUGGAGGUAUUCAUAGCAGUGCUGGCAGUGAGGCAAGCAGCCACAGGCCCAGGUGCCCACUUCCCAUGGCAGAUGGUGCAAGCCCUGGUAGACAAAACAGCCACAGGGCAAGCAGGACCAUGUCAGCACAGCCCUCGCUUGCCACCCCUACCACUGAAGCCAUGUCCAUCAGGGCACUAGGGGCCCAGGUUUUGUAGCAGCAUCUGCCCUCUGCUAGCCAUACCUCCAAAUUUUGUGUCCCAUCAGCAGCCUGGCAGGCCACUUGGGGUGGCUUCACAGGCUGGAUCUAGCCCAUGGGUUAGACAUUUGACACUCCUGCUUUAAAGUAGGGAUGGCCAGCCUGCAGCCUGCAUGCCACAAGCGGCUUGGACAGCCUCUGUGUGGCACGUGGUAGAUAGAGAAGUCACACCUCCAAGUUUCUGCCCCAGGUACUUGUGCAUCUCAGCAGAGCAAAGAAUAUUCUGGGGAAAGCAACAUAUUUCCAUUGAAAUUCCUUCCAAGUCUAGCGUCUUUCUCAUAUGCUGGUAGUGAUAGGUAUUUUAAAGUCACUGAAUUAUCUAGCCAACCCCUCCCCACUUCUUCCCUGUUCAAAGAAAAGGGCUGUUCACUGUUGUCCGGGAAGCCACAGUCUCCCAAGUCAUCACACAUUGGCUGCCAGUUCUGCCAUUAUUUGUCUGACUUGAGUAGGAACCUGACAGCCAGGAGAAGUCACGGUAUGCUUUAAAAAAAAUGAAACCAAUGGAGGGUUUGAGGAGUAGAUAUGGAAAUUGAGUUGUUGUAGAGUCUCUAAGUAGCUUGGGCCUGUAAAAGAAACUUCCUUUAAUAAAUUGAGGAGAAAAUUCCCUAUACAUGCACCCCUUCCCCCCCCCCCCCCCCCGAAUCCGUUUCAUUCUCAAUUAUUUUCAUUGACCGAAGGAACAUCGAAGCUCGGGCAUUUCACCCCCACCUCUGCUUUCUUCCCUGGGUAAGCAGGAAGACACAGCAAGCUCAAUUUAGCAAUCAGCACUGUCGUUCCAGGACAGACCCAGAAGCAGCCUCAGGGCUACUAACACAGCAAGCGGUGAAAUUCUAGCAGGAGACAGAUUCUGUUGCUGCUGCCACUGCUGCUGCUAGAAAAUAUUUCUCACAGCUGGGUCAGCUGGGCUUCUUAUUUCCUAUUGAGUCAGAUGGUCUAGGUGUGCAGUUUGCUUUCUCAAGUGGAAUGGGAAUCAGUGUUUAAGGCUCUUGUGCAAAUACCUCUUAAGACUGAUGUAAGAUCCCUUUUGUUCUCCUAUUUAGAGAGGUCUCCAGACAAACUCCCAUUCUGACUCUAAAACCAGCUAUGCUUUUAUAACCAUCUCUAAUUUUCUGACAGCCAUCUCUGUAGACAAAAGGCUUCCAACAUGUGCACCCCCCUUCUUCCUCUCGCUCAGUCAUGUGUGCAAAGUUCACACUGUUUUUUAUCAUAGGGCCCUUUAAAAGCCCUUCCUGGGAAUCCCAAAUGCUUUUGAUUUGAAUGAGGGGGAAGUAGCAGGGAUCUGUGAAUUUAUUCCAUUAUUCCACACUUGUCUCACGACCUACUCUUCCAUCAGCCCCUGGGCUCCAGUUCUGGUUUCCUUGUGACCAGACAGCAUCAGGCCCCUACUGUAUCCCCUUACUAAGACAAAGCCAAAAUGUAGUUCCUAAAGUAUGCAGGUGUUAGGAAGAAAAGAAAAGUGACUGUUCUUUGUGUAUUAGCUUGGGCUAAUUGUAUGGUGAGUCAGGCAGACUCAAGAAGAGAGGAAAUAACCAUAGGUGAAAGGACAAUAUCGAUUCUCAAAGGGCUUUUAGGGAAAGAAGAAUUGGUUGUCAUUGAUAUUCGACUGGAUAUGGGCACCUAUCUCAGCCCCUUUUCCAAACCUCAGCCUCUUGGCAUCUCCAGCUGCCCACCUGACUCUGUUCUCCUAUCCCAAUUUUCCACAAAUAUUUUUUGUAAUGUCCUGUUUGGGUCUCUUUAUCUAAUUGUGGGCAAUGCCUUCUCACCCACCCCUCCCUCUAAUAGCAUCAAAAGCACCAGUUAGGUAUAACAAGCCAGUAAUAUUUAAAGACAGCAGCACUGCCAUUGAAAAUUCCUUAGAGACGGGAGCAUCUCAUUUAGUUUAGUUCCAUCAGCUAUGCUGAAAACAUGAUGCCUUUUUUUUUCUGCUCUUACUACAUUUGUUACUUCCUGUAAGCAGCAAAUGACAUAUUUUUUUCUCUCCUUCUGCGGAGGUUUCCAGCAAAUAUAAAUCUUAAUUCAAUUGCUUCACUAGAAAAUAUUCCCAAAACAGGCUUUAGUCAUUGGGAGUAGUAGUCUUUGAAUGGUGUUACUUCAUAAAAUCCUUGGCUCUGGUCUUGUUUCCUGAGUUUAAAAGAGCAAGAGGAGGCUGUGUGAAUGAUGUGAAUGACAGGCUAAAUACCAAAUUCUUUUGCUUACAAUGAGUAAAAAGACGCAUGGCUUUCUUUGCCUUUGAUCCCAUUACCAGGUCUAAGCCGUGGGUGCUGUACUCAUGGGGUGGACAGAGUGGAUAUUAGAUCAGGGACCUUUCUGCAUGGAUCUUAUCCCGAGAUUGGGACCUUCACGUGUAUGUAGGGUAAAUACGGUUUUGCUUCUUGAAAUGUUCCAAACUCGUUUGCUUGCUGGAAUGGAUUGAUUUCAAGGAUCCAAUGUAUUUCAUAGCCUUUAGAGGGCUGUGCUAGCUCUCUUUUACUUUUCUACUUUUAAUUACAAAGGAAAGAGCAAACUGGAUGCUUAUCUUGCUGGGAUCCUAUGACCCCGGCUGACUUCCUGCCCUUUGGGCAGGGGCCUGGACUCGAUGAUCUUCCGAGGUGCCUUCCAGCCCUAAUGUCUAUGAAAUCUAUGAAAAGGGAACAUUAUGAAGAAAAAAUGCUGGUUGUCAAGUGGGCUAGAGCAGAGCACAGCUGGAAUGUGAAGGCUCCCUAUGGGAAGAAAAAUAUGAACUUUAUCCCAACAAUGGCUAGUGCUGGGCUGUUGUGCACAAAGUAGGCAUCCCUGGCAGAUGGCAAUUAGCAAUAAGAACCAGGCCAGAAAGAGCUGGACAAAUGAUUUAUGAUGCAUCAUUGGGCGAGUUUCCCCUUUUCUUCUCUUUGUGAGUUGUCUACCAGGAGUUUAAGGUUUCCCCAAUUUAUUUGCCAAGUAAUUUCUGCACAUAACCUUUAGGCUGGUGAUUGUUUUUGAACAAAUCCCUGAAAAUAGUCAACAUUCAGCCUGGGUUGGUUAGUUUGGAUUGCACAUAUGGCAUAUUUCUGAUGGCUCUAAUUUUACAACAAUCAAGUUAGAAGCACAGAUCAUGAAUAGUAGGUCAUGUCCUCACCUGGGGUAAAUCACUGUGGCCCCACGGAGCUAUGUCUGUUUAUGCAAACUGAUUAGCUGUCACUAAAAUUCCCUCUCCAGGAACAGUCUGGUAGUUGCUUAAAAUGCUUCAUUUCUGCAAACAUUCCUGCCAGCAGGUACCUCACCCAUUAGAAAAAAAACAAAAAGAAAAUACAGAAGGGGUAUGAGUACUUAGAAAGCAGAUUAGUAUGGGAAGUUAAGCAUUGAUGGAGAUUGUUUUGCAUUGGUUUGUACAGCUCUCAUAUCAGAACUGCAACAUCUAUUGAAUCACGGAAGUCAGAAUUAUACAAGACCUAAUAUAUUAUAGCCCAUCUUCCUAACCAUAUUGGCAACAAAGGGCACCUUUUCUCAGCACAUUCAUUUUUACCCAUCAAAAGAAUUACCCUGCCCUAAGUAUUGCCUCGCACACCUACUGGGGCAUUUACCUUUACGGCAGCCCACACGAGUGUUAUAUUUUUCGUGCCUCACAGUUUCACUAGUCUGAACUCCAGCGAAGAUCUAAGCCUUUGACUCAUUCCUGUCAUACCUGAAUGCUCUAAGACACCUUGUGGGCUUCUUGAUGUUUCCACCUGCCGCAUAGCCAUAUUGCAUCUUAGUCCCAAGCAUGUCCUAUCAUCCAUACCCAGCAAGUAUCUAGCCUAGAUCAGAGCUCAGCGGGAAAGUACUGUGGCCCUGGGACAAGGUAGCACUUAAAGGAAAAAAAAUCUCUUCUUUCUCUUUGGUGCAAUGUCCAAACACUUGGGGAGGGUGGGGGAGAGCUGUGACCUUUUUAAACCCAUAGUGCCUACCACUGAAAAUGGAACGCUGUAUUGUAUUAUAUUAUACGUGAUUACCAUCUAAAUAAAGUACAAUAAGUGUGGUGUUUGUAAGGUUUUUGAUACAAGUUUAAUGCAAUCCACAACAUUUCUUCCACUGCUAUAUAGGCUGGAAAUACCUUCCAGACCUGGGAAUAUCUAUGGUUGUGUGUGCUAGAAAUGCAUAAAAAGCAUUCAAUGAGAAAAUACUGCAUUUGGGUUUGAUUUUUUUAAAACUGUUUUGCUGUAUAUGUGAAAUACAAACACUACCUGACUUUCUACCAGGCAGGAGGGAUGUAACCAAUUUGCUACAAAGGAGAGCAGCUCUUGAAAGUUGGUUGUGGGUAGAACAAAUAGUACUUCCCAGGCAGCCCCAUUCACAUAAUGGGAGAAAAUGAUGUUAUAGUGUGUCUGAUUUCUCUUUGAUUCUCUUCUUUCUGCUGCGGUUGAAGGGGAGAUAUGUCACACCUGUGUGCCGUCAUUAUUCUCAGUCCCUGAAAUCCUCUAGGAAUAGACUCAGAGCUUUAUGGUUUGAGCAGACAGGAAACACACUUUCCUGGUCCAGAUUCAGCCAGCCGGUACCUCUGAGGCUCUGGAAUUUCUUUCAGAUUUUUAUGCAGGAACUCUACCCUCUACCUAGUCCCCUCCUCCUCUUUUACUCCAUGGUGCGGUGAGGGGAACCCAAGUACUAGCAUGUUGAGAUGCAGAAGCUAUGCCUCACUAAUAAGCAUGUUUGCCCAUCUUUGCACCUUCCAAAUCCUGAGAUCUCUCACUUGAAAACAUCUUGCCAUUCGUUGCAAGUUCAAGACUUCUCCAGCAAAUGUUUGGUGCCACUGUUCAAAGGAAUGAGCCCAUCCUUGGGUAAGGGUAUGAAGUCUUCAUGCAGAUUUCCCCAUCAAAGCCCAUGAGACACUUCCAUGUAGGUCAUCCUAUUAAGCAUCUCAUCUAGAUUCCCUAUGUCCAGCACAUUUCCCCAUAGCUAUGCUGUCCAUGCCAGACUGGCCAAUGGAGUUUGUCCUGCUCACAAAAAUAAGUCAGCCUUCUGUCUAGAUCAUUUCCACUUAGAAACCUAUGUAUAUGCCACCCUUGUAUACGAGUGUGCAAGAACCUCCCCACCUAGGACACUUCCACUUCUAUUUCUGAGAGCUCAAGUCACAAGCAACCCGCAGCGUCUUGCCAUAGACCCCGAGUCAAAAUGCCCCUGCUCCCGCCUUGAGCUGCAUGUUGCUAAUCCUUUCCUGUUGUGCUCAACAAGAAGGGUUCCUCCAAAAGUCCUUUGAAACUUGCUGUCUUGACUGGCUAUGGUUCUGAAGGCUUUUAGCAGCACUUCCAAAAUAAAUCAAAGCCUGGUUUGGAAACGAAAAUGUCUCACUGUACAACUGAUUAAAGAAAAGAAAAGAACAAGAAACCACAUGCUCGAUAUAUUUUGAGUACUGCAUUCAGUAUUUUUGCAGCUUAUAUUUUCCAGAUGAGCAGUUUAGAAAUAUGUGAUGUGAAAUACAUACUGUAAGUUUGCUGUAAAUGAUAUUAAAAGCACUAUUUUCAUUCUU